GCCACAGGAGUCGAUCGGUUCGUUGGUGCUGGAAUGAUAGGUUUCAGCCUAAUUGUAUUUAUUUACUACACAUUGUGGGUUAUUGUAAUGCCUUUUAUAGAUAAGGAUCUUGCUAUACAACAAUUUUUCCUACCAAGAGCCUAUGCAGUUCUCAUACCUAUCGUUGCCGGAGUUGUUCUGCUAUUGAUAUUAAGUAAGAAAGCUUCGUAUAUGGAUAUUCACUUAUCUUGA